UCUAAGGAAAUAUAAUUCACUAGCCAUAAAGGCAACAUAUAUUGCGAAUUUAUCCGUACACUAGUCUAAUUGGCGAAAAUGAAGGCAGGCAUAAGAGUUUUGUUUGGUAUCAUAGGAUCUCUCGCCAUCAUUAACAACAGCCUUCUGCUGGUGGUAAUUUUUCGAAACAGAGCCCUGCUGAAGACUCCAUACAACAGGCUAGUUUUAAGCUUGGCCAUUACUGACUUAAUAACAGGAAUUGGUAUUUUUGUUACACCUUCGUACAUUAUUGGGCCCGAUUCGAUCACAGUUUCAUCAGGAGGUUUUGGCCAGUUUUUCUGCAGAGUGAUAUAUUCUCAGUACCUCGUGUUUACCCUGGGCAUAGUAUCAGUCUAUACAGUUGCAUGUAUGGCUAUGGACCGAUGGCUUGCUGUAGUUCGCCCAACCAAGUACAAAACAAUUUUAACGAAGUCGCGAGUAAACAUUUGUGUGUUAUGCGUAUGGAUGCUCUCUGUGCUUUUGAACGCUCCGCACUUGAUGGAAAUUACAGCUACAAGCGGUUCAGACAGGAAAGAGCAGUGUUUAUGGAUUGUUCUUACCGGAGGUACUACUAGAAGAGUUGUGGCUUUUUUAGAAUUUGUGGGAAAGUUUUUCCUUCCCCUUCUUGUCGCAGCCGUUACUUUAGUAAGUAUCUACAACCAUGUCAAGUCGUCACCGGCUCUGUUUCAAACAAAUAGGGGCAAGGCUGGUUUAAGGUUACUACGGAUGUGUUUGUUAACAGCGGUCAUUCUUGGAGUGAGUUGGUUUCCCAACCAGUUGUAUUAUCUGUUGUUCAAAUAUGACAUAACUCGGAUGGACACGCCCUUGCACCAUUUUACUGUCUUUAUGUGUAUGUUCAACUCGUGUGUCAACCCUCUGAUCUAUUGCCUUAGCAACAAGAUGUACCGUAGAUACUUUACGCUUCUUUUGUGUCCGUGGCACAGGGCAAGGGUCACGGAGAUGGAAAUGACUGCGUGUGAUUCUGUCAGCAGAGCUAAUGAAAUAAGACCAACCCAAACAAUUGGACCGAGUGCAGCAAGCGUAACAAACAUGGCAAUUGCUUAAUGAUAUUCCGAAACGCAUCAUAAG